AUGGCGUCCAACAUGUCUGAGGAGGACAUGAUAAACUGCACCAUCAGCCACGAAAUCCACCAGUACGUCUUUUCGUUUGUCUACAUCCUGGUCCUGUUGGUCGGCGUUCCCUCCAACCUGUACUCACUGUACCACGCCGCUCUGCAGCUGAAGCAGAAGAACGAGCUGGGAGUUUAUCUGAUGAACCUCACAGUGUCAGAUCUCUUGUACCAGGCUUCCUUACCGCUCUGGCUGCAGUACAUCUUCCAGGACGACGAUUGGCGACACAGGGAAUGGUUGUGUCAGCUGUGUGGUUUCCUGCUCUACGAGAACAUUUACAUCAGCAUCGGCUUUCUGUGCUGCAUCAGUCUGGAUCGCUACCUGGCUGUGGUCCAUCCUCUGAGGUUUGCGGCUCUGCGCUCGAUGACGGCAGCCUGGCUCGUCAGCGCCAUUAUCUGGCUGAAGGAGAUAGCAGUGGGCGCAGUUUUCUUUCACCACAAGGAGCUGAGCAGAGACAAGACGAACCAGUCUGUGUGCUUUGAGCACUACCCCAUGCGCUCGUGGGAAUAUUCAAUCAACUACUAUCGAUUCGUUGUUGGCUUCUUGUUCCCGCUGGCCAUCCUGUCGAUCAGCUACCUGUGCGUCCUUCGCGCGGUGGGUCGGAGCGCCGGAACUCAGCCGGAUCAGAAGACGAGGAUCAGACAGCUCGUCAGCAGCACCAUACUCAUCUUCCUCGUCUGUUUCUCGCCGUACCACAUCUUCCUGCUGGUCCGCACGCUGCUGGAGCGGGACUGUGCUUUUAUAGAAGGAAUAUUUAACUACUAUCACCUGUCGCUGAUGCUGACCACCCUGAACUGUGUGGCCGACCCGGCGCUCUACUGCUUUGUCAGUGAGAGCGCCCGCCGCGGCCUCUACAGAGCCAUCGUCCGGCCCAUCACCAGGAUACUCUGCUGCUGCUGUCGCCGUGGGAACGCCAGCCCUAUAAACCCAGCCAAUGACUCCCACGAGGUGGCCACCACCGACGAGAACAACGGCCACCCGACCGUGACGCUGCUCACCCACACCAGCACACAGAACAACGUGAAAACAGACUCCAAAAACACGACCUUAACCACACUGGCCGACGAGAAAACCAUGAUACCGUUAACGGUUCGAAACAACACGAACGCACAUGACAAACAUGGGGACGUCAACGGGAAGUUGGGGUGCGUGAUCGCUGUCGAGGAGCAGAAACAAAUGACAGAGAGGACAGAAGAAAAUAAUAAACACAUCUCCUGA